AUGCCAUGGCAGACUCAGGGAGAGCUGUUCCCUGCCCAAGAGCAGGAAGAGAAGCUCAGGCAGCAGGUGGAAGAGCCACAGGAGAAUGGCCAGAGGAUCAAGGCAGAGCCACAAGCAGAGCUGCCCGAAGCUCAGAGUGCCAUUGUGGCAGUGAAGAGGAGGAACAAGGAAGACAUGAGAAGAAUUCAAGAGGAGAAUCUGCAUCAGCAGAGGGGCGAUCAACAAAACCAGAUCUACACAAGCUCUGUCACCAAACCUGCUGCAGCAGCAGCAGCAUUGUCUAAAGGAGCCUUUUCUCCCCGACCUGAGAAGUGGAGCCGGGGCAGUUUGUUCACCUCCCGCGCUGACCCAGCUGCUGCUCAGCAACAGAAGGUUGAGGGUGACUCCCUGGAGCUGCUGAGGAAAUUGGUGAACCCCGCUGAAAAUCCGCGGAUGAAAUACACUGAGAUGGAACACAUUGGCAGCGGGACUUUUGGAGAUGUGUGCAGAGCACUUGACAAUGCCACAGGGAGAGAGGUGGCCAUAAAGAAAAUACGUCUUCAAGGACUGAGGAAGAAGGAACUAAAAGUCAAUGAACUCAUGGUCAUGAAAAUGAAUAGGAAUCUCAACCUGGUCAACUAUUUAGACAGCUACCUUGUGGGUGAGGAACUCUGGAUGGUUAUGGAAUACAUGGAUGGAGGCGCCCUGAGUGAUAUCAUCCGCAAGACCUACCUGUCUGAAGACGAGACAGCAGCCAUCAGUCGGGAGUGCCUGCAGGGACUGGAUUUUCUUCACUCAAACCACAUGAUCCACCAAGAUGUGAAGAGCAGCAACAUCCUCCUCAGAACUGACGGCUCUGUCAAGCUGGCUGACUUUGGCCUCUUUGCUCAUCUCACCCCUGAGCAGAGCAGACGGAGCUCCGUGGCCGGCACUUCUGGGUGGCUGGCACCUGAAGUGGUGACAGGUCAACCAUAUGGCCCCAAAGUGGACAUCUGGUCUUUGGGAAUCGUGGGCAUCGAAAUGGUGGAACGAGAAGUUCCUUACUGGAAUGCAACUCCUGUCUUGGCUAAACUCAUGAUAGCCAGGGGAGAGAGACCACGGCUGCGGCACCCCAACCAAUUCUCACCUUGCCUGCGUGACUUCCUGAGCUGCUGCCUGCAGAGAGAUGAGGUGCGGCGCUGGUCUGCCAAGGAGCUCCUGAAGCAUCCUUUUGUAACUUCAGCCAAGCCAGCGUCCACCCUGGCACCACUCAUCAACUCAGCAAAGAAGAAGAAGAAGAAGAAGGAGUCAAGAAUGUAA